GCGACGGUCUUUUCUCCCAACUUUACUUCGACGACGUCUGGCUUCAAGACGAGACUUUUUCUUGUCGCUUCGCGCGAAUUCCAAUUGACAAACGUCAUCCGACGACUUGAUACCGACCGACCGACCGACCACCAUCCGACUGGCGACACGGCACAUAAAGAAGGGAGGACAAGAUAACAAGAUGGGCAACUUUUGCUCAACCUGCUUCGGCGGUAGGAGGAGCGAUGACUACGAUGAGGAGGACGAGGCCCAGCAUCUCUUCGACGAGAACAACAUGCACUACGGGAGCUUUGAUCAGCAACACAUGAUGAACCAGGAAGAUCCCCAAGAGACAGAAAGGGAAAUUGCGGCUCUGCAGGGCGUGGUGGAACGCACAUCAAAUAACAUGGUCGACAUCUAUGAUAUGGUCCCGCAUGAUAAACCCAUGCAGGACGCUCCUGCUCCCUACGGCUUUGCCAACCAGCGCUACAAUGCCCUGCUUUCCAAGCUCUCAACCCACGAUGACAUGGCCGCCGUUGCACGGGUUGACUGGGGCACCCCUGAGGACGACAGCAUGGAGAUGCUGCGCAAAGCUUCCUUGCCAACCAUCCCCAUCAAGGCUGAAGGAGGCGAGGCCCUCGUCGGUAACUUUACCGAUGCCGCUGCCGCCAUGCGCUGAAACCAUACCACGACACCAAAACCAUGACUUGCUGUCU